AUGAUGAUGCACCACCACCUCGGGUCUUUCCUCUAUGCAGCAAUAGUGACCACAGCAACCGCACAAACAGUGUUCGCUCAUGAUUGCCAUUCGACACUUGUACCAGACAUUGGAUCCCACGAAAUUUCCCUCGUUGCCCCGUCGGCCAACGUGAUUGCCACUGAUGGUCCGUCAUUCACACGGCAGUCGGGAAGCCAAGCAAGCACCUCGACAUGCGAUUCUCCGAAUGAUACUGCCCGCAUCGACACAUUGAGCGAGGUCAGUUCCGCAACGCAAGCAGUAGUCUCAAAUCCAAGCUCAAACGGUCCUGCUAUAUCGUCCGGUGCUGCGAAUUCAAUGGCAGUUUGUAGACUCGCCGCUCCCCAACACAAUUGCAAUAGCACAGUGGAUGGACCAAACACCAAAACCAACCAUGUGGAAACCCAUGUACCCAAGCCUGCUCACAAGCUGACCAGGUACGAUUCGGCGGCGUUUGCUGGCGCGGGCGCUCUGAUUGGUGCUGCUCUCUUGUUCUGAGUGCUAGACAUAUGCCAAGACAUAUCGAAAACUUGCUAGUCUGUCGAGGCUGAACAUGAUAUUUUGCAUCAAACAACGGCGCGGGGGAAAGGCGUGUCAAAGCGGAAUGAUGGACCUUGUUUGCAUUCAUCUGGGGUCAGGAUCCAGCAAAUGCGAUCGACAUGGUGAUUGAUAUGGUCAAGCAUCAUCUUGAGCUCGAACUUUUGCAGCGCGGGCGCCGGCCAACGGCAUCUUGGUUUCUGUGCCAGUGUGGUGGGCAGUGCACAACAACAGCCUGACCGUCCAGGGUGAAUGCCUACCCGUCUCGCAGCACGGGAAUCAUGGACAUGAUUACCAGUACUCUUUUGGAGGGAUAAGGCGAUUGCACCAACGACCGGGUCAUCCUGUGCCGCACUGCGAUGCAAUCUCGCCCCUCGGCAUAACGCAGACUCUCCCGAUGCCCAACCCGGCCGAGAUGCCGUGGUCAUCAUAGAGCUCACUCAAGUCGCCAUGGACCUGAUGAGGCGAUACGGGAGCGUAAACUUCCAACGUUCACGGUAUGACCUAGACCGAAUCACCCAAGAAGGUGUUUGCGGUGUAGGGUUGGGCAGGGUACAUCGGGGUUUUGCCUUUUUGUCCCUCAUGCGGGGCUAUAUACCGAAUUCAAGUCAUUCGUUUGGACGCCAAGGCAAGCAGACUUGUCGCGUAUGUUAAUGAGCUCAAGGAUCCCGAUAUUUUGAGUGCAAGAGCGUUUUGACUGGUUGGAUAUAACCAUAAAAGCUAGUCUGGUCAUCCUCAGCAACCAUGUCCACUCGAGUUGAGUUGGUCCUGGACUCAUUAACCAUCGAAUACACUUUUGAGUUUAUGAAAAUAUAUUCACCUUGGACGAAGAAUAAACCAUCACAGUUGAAUUGGCAGUCUUGUUAUGUGCUGUCGGUUGAAAAGGGAUCUUCAAUCACCAACCCAUAACACUAUUUACCUUCCCCUUUUGGAAAAGCCGCAAAACCUGUACCGGCGCCGUCAUCGAUGCAACUUGCCUGGGCAAAGAUUGCGUCAAAAAG